CCCAGGCUUCCUGUCUGCGCGUGCGGAAUCGCUGUUUGACCCCGGAAGCGCUGGCGCUCGGAGAGCUGUCACCGCGGACGGCGGCGGCGCGGCGCCGGGAGCGGAGCCGCCGAGGAGGCUCACGCAGCACAAUGCCAGCUCUGCCCCUGGAUCAACUCCAGAUCACCCGCAAGGACCUGAAGACGGGAAAGCUGAGGACUUCACCUGCGCUGCACCCUGAGCAGAAGGCAGACCGGUAUUUUGUGUUAUACAAACCGCCCCCUAAAGACAACAUUCCCGCCCUAGUGGAGGAGUACCUGGAACGCGCCACCUUCGUAGCCAAUGACCUCGACUGGCUCCUGGCCUUGCCUCACGAUAAAUUCUGGUGCCAGGUCAUCUUCGACGAGACACUGCAGAAGUGCCUGGACUCUUACCUGCACUAUGUCCCCCGGAAGUUCGACGAGUGGGUGGCCCCGGCCCCCGAGGUGGUGGACAUGCAGAAGCGCCUCCAUCGGAGUGUUUUUCUCACCUUCCUCCGCAUGUCCACGCACAAGGAAUCCAAAGAUCAUUUCUUUUCCCCCUCGGCGUUUGGAGAAAUCCUCUACAAUAACUUCCUGUUUGACAUCCCAAAGAUCCUGGACCUCUGUGUGCUCUUUGGAAAAGGCAACUCGCCACUCCUCCAGAAGAUGAUAGGAAACAUCUUUGUCCAGCAGCCAAGUUACUACAAUGACCUGGAUGAAACCCUGCCCACCAUCCUUCAGGUCUUCAGCAAUAUCCUCCAGCACUGUGGUUUGCACGGGGACGGGGCCAGUGCCACCCCGCAGAAGCUCGAGGAGAGAGGCCGGGUGACCCCCAGCCACAUGCCUCUCCUGGAAUUAAAGGACGUUGUUCUCUACCUUUGUGACACCUGCACUACGCUCUGGGCCUUCCUGGAUAUCUUCCCGUCGGCCUGCCAGACGUUCCAGAAGCACGACUUCUGUUGCAGACUGGCUUCCUUUUAUGAAAUAGCGAUUCCCGAACUGGAGUCUGCCAUUAAGAAGAGGAGGCUCGAAGACCCCAAGCUGCUCGCUGACUUGUGGCAGAGGCUCUCCCAUUCCAGGAAGAAGUUACUGGAGAUUUUCCACAUCCUCAUGAACCAGAUCUGCCUUCUUCCGGUUCUUGAAAGCAGCUGUGACACUAUUCAGAGCUUUAUCGAAGAGUUCCUGCAGAUCUUCUCCUCCUUGCUGCAGGAGAAGAGGUUCCUCCGUGACUAUGACGGGCUUUUCCCUGUGGCUGACGACAUCAGCUUGCUCCAGCAGGCCUCGUCACUCUUGGACGAGACACGGGCUGCCUACAUCCUGCAGGCGGUCGAGAGUGCGUGGGAAGGAGUGGACCGCCGGAAAGCCACCGAUACUAAAGGGCCCCCAAGGACCGAGGAGCCAAACGGGGCUGAGGUGGCUCCUGAGCCCAUGAGUGGGUCAUUGUCACAGGCUGGGAAGUCAGAGGAAGAGGAGUGCCUGGGGGCUGCGGCAGCCCCCGUCCCCUCCGUGAGCGGGGUGGAGCUGGACUCACUCAUCUCCCAAGUGAAGGACCUGCUGCCGGACCUGGGCGAGGGCUUCAUCCUGGCCUGCCUGGAGCACUACAGCUACGACCCGGAGCAGGUGAUCAACAACAUCCUGGAGGAGCGGCUGGCCCCCGUCCUCAGCCAGCUGGACCGCAGCCAGGACAGACAGGUGACGCCGGACCCCACGCCCCUGCUGACAUCCCGCCACAACGUCUUCCAGAACGAUGAGUUUGACGUGUUCAGCCGGGACUCGGUGGACCUGAGCCGUGUGCACAAGGGCAGGAGGAAGCCGGAGACGGCGCGGAGCCUGCUCAACGACAAGCGGGACGUGGACGCCCAGCGGCAGCGCUACGAGCAGUACAGCGUGGUGGUGGAGGAGGUGCCCUUGCAGCCAGGUGAGGCCCCGUCCUACCGAGGCGACAGCUACGAGGACGAGUACGACGACACGUACGAUGGCAACCAGGUGGGCGCCAACGAUGCCGACUCGGACGACGAGCUCAUCAGCCGCAGGCCCUUCACCACCCCACAGGUGCUGAGAACCAAAGUGCCCAGGGAAGGGCAGGAGGAAGAGGAGGAGGAAGAAGAGGAGGCGGAGGACGAGGCCCCCAAGCCUGACCAUUUCGUCCAGGACCCCGCAGUGCUGCGAGAGAAGGCGGAAGCCCGGCGCCAGGCGUUCCUGGCCAGGAAGGGACACCGGCAUGACAACUCUGCGGCGGUGGCCGGCAACCCCCGGGGCCACGGGCAGAACCGGGAGACCACCCAGGAGCGCAGGAAGAAGGAGGCCAGCAAGGCGACACGCGCCAACCACAACCGGAGGACCAUGGCGGACCGCAAACGGAGCAAAGGCAUGAUCCCCUCCUGAGGCAGCUGGGCCAGAGCCAGGGGCGGCCCUCCACACCCGCUCCGUGUCAGCGCCGCCCCUCGAGAGUCCCAGCUUUGCAGUCCCUGAGAAGGCCGCCUCGUCGUCCACCAGCCAGCCGUGAGCGCCUUCUUGCAGAACACACAGUGCCUUAUCCCACAACAGAGGGACCAGUGGGGCCGGCAAGCAGGCAGCAGGACAGGGACAGAGCCCCAGGCCCCCAGGCCUUGAGCAGCACGAGACCACUUCCCCUUUGCCCUUCCCGGGACGGCAGGAAACCUGUAAACUCACAAACAAAAACAACCAGACCUGCGAAUAAAGUGUUUGACCCUUUGGAGCAAUGAUCCCUGAUCAUUGCCCCCUCUGCAGUGACAGCUGCCUCCUGGAGCAGAAGAGGCCCACGUGAUCACUGGGCUCUUCCCCCACCCCCGCAGGCUGGCCUCUCAUGGUAACCCCUCGCUGUGGGUCUCUGAGCAGAUCACCCCACUCCGGUCUCCGCCUCUGGAGAGUCUGGUUGUGAGGCUGAGACCUUCCACGCCUUCCCCAUAGCUCAGUUCCAACCAGCACCCUUGGGGGGGCGGGUGGGGCGGCACAUACCCGUUAGCACCAUAGCAUGGAUAAGAAAGGCGAGCAGGCCCCAGUGAGGAAGGAGCAGAGCAGGAAUGGGCAGUGCAGGAGGACCCUGGACCGUGAGGGGUCCCAGCCCCCCAGGCGUGUCAUCUUGACCCAAGAACAUUUGCCAGAGCAGAGACCGUAACGGAGCUCAGUGCCUUCUGGAAGAUCCUGUGAAGCCACGGGCAUGGGCCCAGAAAGAGCAGAUGAGUCUGUCAGCGCCGAGCCGUGGUGAAGCCAGCGGGACCAGGGCUUCGUCCCCCCAGCUCCCCUCCUGGGCGCUGCCCGCUGACUUUGGGUGCCAUUGCUGCCAGGCCACCGGUUCCUGAGCCGCCUUGGCACAUUACCCAUCAAGGAUGAGCAACCCCAGGGCUCAUCUGGGGCAGCCAAAGCCCCUGGCCGGCUGGGCCGUGACAGGUCUCCUAGACACUGUUGUCAUCUGUUUGCAUGGGGUUGGGGUGUGUGUCCGGAGCAGCGAGGCAGACGGGCGCCUGAGGAAUUAGCUCUGUGAGGUCAGCCGGCACAAGCGGGAAUCAACAGCGGCUCCUCUGGGCCCUGCCAGUUCUCUUUGGUACCUUUGAGAUGCAGAGCAGCCCCGGUGAGCUGUCCGGACAGGCAGCAGCGGUGGGAAGCGGGGACUCAACUAGAGGCUGCCCCUACCCCAGUUCUUGGCCCUGGAGUACAAAAGGGGUGGGGGAAGCUUGGAGGUGGGGGGUGCUCCUGGGUGUUACCUGCCUUACCUAGUACGAACCCCCUCACCUUCACUUGGUCACCUGGACCUCCGGACCACCUGGGAUGGUGUUCAGGCCUCUGAGGAACAUCCUUGUUUACAGGAUGUGAGAGAAGACACAAUUUUCAGACUUUCCAGACGGCAGCGCCAGGUCAAGCCUGGUGUCCCUUGAGGAACUGUGUGCUUUUUCAUUUCCGAGCUCGAGGGCGUCCCAGAAGGGAUGCGCCAAACAAACAGUCCAGGGCCAUCCAGAAUGGUGCUGGUGGGCGCGCCCCUCCCUCUCUCUGGCUGCUCAGCUUUCCCGGCUGUAGAGUGGCUCCAUGAAUGAUUUCCACUGGGUGCCCAUGAAAAUAGGCAACUACUGACACGUCCAAGAGAAAUGCUGUUAAGUUAGGGGGCCUGAGCCGCCCUCCCACUUGGUCCAUGGGCCCCACCUUUGCUCCUAAGCUGGAAAUCCUAAGUGCCUUCUUUGUGCGCUGGCAGAGAACGGGACUAUCAUGGGAAUUUCCCAGGAAGCUUUAAGACCCACCCCGGAGAGGACCGCAGACCUCCGGGUGUGUUUCUAGACCCCAGUGGCAGGGCUGGGGGGACUGUCUGUGAUUAGUGUUUCUGGGCUUGGAAGACGUGGCUGGAGCAGAGCCUGUCACAGUUUGUAAAAGGGGAUCCAGGAACCCCAGGGAGGGUGCAGUUCACCCAAAGCCCAGGUAGCAGGGUCUGCAGAUCCUUGUUGAGUGACCCCCUUAGCCAGCCAGGCGUGGGCUGGAAAUAUGUUGGGGGACCUGCCCCGGCUUUUCCAAAAGAUUGGGACACAAUAUUAAGGGAGGGAAUCCAGCCAAAUACAAUAGACCCAUUAAAGUACAGGAGCAUUAUGUAGCCCUUUAAACGAUGUCAGUCAACACUUAGUAGCAACUUGAGAAUUUUUUUUUAAUUUUGUAAAUGAAUUAGAGGCAGGGGAGACAACUCUUUUUUAAAAAUAAAUAAAAUUGGCAGCAAGAUACUUGAUAAUGCA